GCUCGGCUGAGGUGCGGAGAGGGCCUGCCAGGGCGCGCAGGCGCAGACGUCAGCUGUGCUUGGCGGAUACUUGGCCAGGCGCCUGUCACAUGAACCGCGCUCCCGCUCAGCUCCCUCUCCUCCCCACUGGGCUGUGAAUGAAGCUCCCCGGCUACGUGGGGCGCUAGCUCAACUUGGUGUUCUGAACGCCAGAGCCGAGAGAGCGCUUGGCCUGCCAGCGGCAGACACAAGCUCCACGCUGCUGACCUCGGCGAAAGAGCAAAUCAGUUUCCUGGACUGCCAAGUGAAGCUGUACGUGUGCUUGUGUGAUAACGUCAGUGUAAGCUACCUCGAAUAGAUGAGGGAAAUCCAGAAGUGUGGAGCAUAAAAAGCCAGUUUGGGGUGUGAGCAUCUGGAAGAGAGUAAGGCUAUACUGCUGGUGUUCCACUUAUAUCCCAUUCAAGCUUUCCAACAAAACUGGGGUCUCUGGGAAACUCUGAGCCUGUGACCCCAACGUGGGAGUGGAUAGGAUCAACAUGGCCAUGUGGCAGGGAGCCAUGGAUAAUAGAGGCUUUCAACAGGGGAGUUUCAAUAGCUUCCAGAGCAGCUCCAGUGAUGAAGACCUGAUGGACAUACCAGAGUCAGCUAUGGAUUUCUCCAUGAGAGAUGAUGUUCCUCCAUUAGAUGGAGAAAUAGAAGAGGAAAGGUCAUACAAUGGUGGAGGAAUAGGUUCUUCAAAUAGGAUGAUGGACUUCUUGGAGGAGCCAAUCCCUGGUGUGGGGACCUAUGAUGAUUUCAAUACAAUUGAUUGGGUGAGAGAGAAGUCUCGAGACCGGGAUAGGCACCGAGAGAUUACCAAUAAAAGCAAAGAAUCAACAUGGGCCUUAAUUCACAGUGUGAGUGAUGCCUUUUCUGGCUGGUUGUUGAUGCUACUUAUUGGGCUUUUAUCAGGUUCCUUAGCUGGCUUGAUAGACAUCUCUGCUCAUUGGAUGACAGACUUAAAAGAAGGUAUAUGCACAGAGGGAUUGUGGUUUAACCAUGAACACUGCUGCUGGGACUCCAAGUAUGUCACUUUUGAAGACAAAGACAAAUGUCCAAAGUGGAGUAGCUGGUCCCAGCUUCUCAUCAGCACAGAUGAGGGAGCCUUUGCCUACAUAGUCAAUUAUUUUAUGUACGUCCUCUGGGCUCUCCUAUUUGCUUUUCUUGCCGUGUCUCUUGUCAAGGUGUUUGCGCCUUAUGCCUGUGGCUCUGGAAUCCCUGAGAUAAAAACUAUUUUGAGUGGUUUUAUUAUUAGGGGCUAUUUGGGUAAGUGGACCCUGAUUAUCAAAACCAUCACACUGGUGCUGGCAGUGUCUUCUGGCUUGAGCCUGGGCAAAGAGGGCCCCCUAGUGCACGUGGCUUGCUGCUGUGGGAACAUCCUGUGCCACUGCUUCAACAAAUACAGGAAGAAUGAAGCCAAGCGCAGAGAGGUCUUGUCAGCUGCAGCAGCAGCUGGUGUAUCUGUUGCCUUUGGGGCACCUAUUGGCGGAGUAUUAUUCAGCCUAGAAGAGGUCAGCUACUAUUUUCCCCUCAAAACGCUGUGGCGUUCAUUCUUUGCAGCUUUGGUGGCAGCAUUUACUCUACGUUCCAUCAAUCCAUUUGGGAACAGCCGUCUGGUUCUAUUUUACGUGGAGUUUCACACCCCGUGGCAUCUCUUUGAGCUUGUGCCAUUCAUUCUGCUGGGCAUAUUUGGUGGUCUGUGGGGAGCUUUAUUUAUCCGCACAAACAUUGCCUGGUGUCGGAAGCGUAAGACCACCCAGUUGGGCAAGUAUCCUGUCAUAGAGGUACUUGUUGUUACAGCCAUCACUGCCAUCCUGGCUUUCCCCAAUGAAUACACCCGGAUGAGUACAAGUGAGCUCAUUUCUGAACUGUUUAAUGACUGUGGUCUUCUGGACUCCUCUAAGCUCUGUGAUUAUGAGAACCGUUUCAACACAAGCAAGGGGGAUGAAUUACCUGACAGACCUGCUGGUGCGGGAGUCUAUAGUGCCAUGUGGCAGCUGGCCUUAACACUCAUAAUGAAAAUUGUCAUUACCAUAUUCACCUUUGGCAUGAAGAUCCCUUCUGGCCUCUUUAUCCCUAGCAUGGCUGUUGGUGCUAUAGCAGGUCGACUUUUAGGAGUAGGAAUGGAACAACUGGCCUAUUAUCACCAUGACUGGGGCAUCUUCAAUAGCUGGUGUAGCCAAGGAGCUGAUUGCAUUACUCCUGGUCUUUAUGCGAUGGUUGGUGCUGCAGCCUGCUUGGGUGGAGUAACUCGGAUGACCGUUUCUCUUGUUGUCAUAAUGUUUGAACUAACUGGUGGCUUGGAAUACAUUGUGCCUCUCAUGGCUGCAGCAAUGACAAGCAAGUGGGUAGCAGAUGCUCUUGGGAGGGAGGGCAUCUAUGAUGCCCACAUUCGUCUCAACGGAUACCCCUUUCUUGAAGCCAAAGAAGAGUUUGCUCAUAAGACCCUGGCAAUGGAUGUGAUGAAACCCCGGAGAAAUGAUCCUUUGUUGACUGUCCUUACUCAGGACAGUAUGACUGUGGAAGAUGUAGAGACCAUAAUCAGUGAAACCACUUACAGUGGCUUCCCAGUAGUGGUGUCCAGGGAGUCCCAAAGGCUUGUGGGUUUUGUCCUCCGAAGAGAUCUCAUUAUUUCAAUUGAAAAUGCUCGAAAAAAGCAGGAUGGAGUUGUGAGCACAUCCAUCAUUUAUUUCACUGAGCAUUCUCCUCCAAUGCCACCAUACACUCCACACACCCUAAAGCUUCGGAACAUCCUGGAUCUCAGCCCAUUCACUGUGACUGACCUGACCCCCAUGGAGAUUGUCGUGGAUAUCUUCCGCAAGCUGGGACUGCGGCAGUGCCUGGUUACACACAAUGGGCGAUUGCUUGGAAUUAUAACCAAGAAGGAUGUAUUAAAGCAUAUAGCACAGAUGGCGAACCAAGAUCCUGAUUCCAUUCUUUUCAACUAGAAUCACAAGAAGGACAUUGCAAACCAUGGAUAUAUUUUAUUGACUGGGUACCCAGAACAUAUUUCCCAUGUUCGAAUGGUGAAAUUAUAUUAGUGUGUUGUGUCUUUCCUACAAGUUAACCAGUUGUAUUGUAUAAUAAUUUCUGGAAAUUAAUCUUCUCUUUAGGAGAAUGAGCAGUUAGGCUUCUGUGAUAUUGCAUUAAGAAGAUUUCAUGAAAGAUUAAACAAGAUUGCUGUGGUUUAAUUCUUUUUCUUAAGAUGAUUUUUUAAUUUAAAACAUAAUUGUUAGCCAAUAUGCGAUCACUGAAAACUAUGCAAGAAAAGUUCCAACUGUCCUGACCAAUAGCCUGCAGGAAACUCAUGAAAGUCACUUUUUUUGAACUCUAUCAUUGGUGAAAGAUGAAGUGUAAAUUAAGUGGCUUUACUUUUCCAACUGCAGAAAAGAAAGCCAGAAGGAAAAUAGUAAUGGUAUUUUCCAGACUGUGAAAAUUCAUUUCAAAUGUUAUCUUGUUCCUGUUACAAUAUUUAGCAUUAUUAGUUUGUGUCUAUAUGUAUAUGUUAAUUUUAAUAUCUUAUUAUAAGACAAUGCUGCUUUGGUUAAUCUCCUCUAAAUGAAUUUAGAGAAGUUGAUUUUAUAGCUUGCUUGUUUCUGGUACUCCUCAAGUGCACAAAGAUAAGUUAUAGAGAUUUCUCCUUGUCUGCAAGAAGGGUAAUUUUCCAGAUGGUAUUUGUUAGCUAGUAGACAAGGACUUUGCCAUGAAUUUGUUAGAAGCAAGAAAUGAUUUCUCAAGAUGAAUGAUUAGUGAAGUUCUAAGCAAGUCAAUGACUAGGAGUUUUAAAACUUUGUCAGGUUCCAACUCAUCCUCUUACCCAGAUGCCACCUCCGUGAGUGAUGGUGCUUUAGGCUUCUGGAAUAUGUAAGGAUAGUAAAGAGAACCAAGUCUAGGCUGCAUACUGGUAAACUAGGGAAGAUUCUGAGCUGUAUCUGCAUUCUCAUGCAUUCCUUCAUGAAGACAACCAGUACUAACAUAACUGGAUGCCCAUGCCUCCUCCCAGUGUUAAGAACAUAGAACAGGCCAGUGUCCCUGUGAAUAUGAAUUUUGGCUUGGGGUACUUUCAAAUAUAUUCAAGACAUUGGAACAUAAUAGGCAGCUGUGACUCCCUUGAGGCUCCUUAGAAUCCUAAAUAAAAUGAAGAACCAUCCUAAGAUCCAGGGUGUGGACAAGGCCUGGUGACACCAAAGGUGCUUGUAUCCAAUUGUAAAGGUGCCUGUAUGAAUUUCCUACCACCUUAACUGCAGUAGAAAACAUCACAAUCUAGGGACACCUGGUGGAAUUACAGAGCCACCACCAUUCCAACCACUGUUUCAUUUUCUACAGUUUUACCCAUGUGCAGUUGUUCCUCUUCUGUUCUUUGCCCUUUCCUACUCCUCAGUCCCCAGUCUUCUCUUUGGGAUCGAACAUUCUGCCUGGUUAAUCAUUCCUAUUAGAAAAAAUAAUUCCCAUGGCUAGUUAAAUUGUAAACCAAACCUCAGUAAUCUUAUGACACAUGGACCAGAGGUAAUACAUAGCCAUUGGCUUUGCUCUGUAACCCAGUCACUGCUGUCAUGCCUCAAUUUCCACACCAAUGCCCACAGCAGUGAGAAUUAACUGCCAGGGGUGAAAGUUCAGCCUUUCCCAUUUUACAGGUAUUUCCCCAGCACUUCUCUCCAUCCUUCUGGCCUAGAAUCAGCAGUCACUUGGCAUAUAUUUCCCAGCCAUCUACCUUCUCUCCCAAAACACCUCAUACCUCAUUUUAAGAGCUUCUGGUCCUGUAUUGUAGGAUUUUUUUUUUCACUCUUAGUUGGUAUCUUUUCCAAAUCUGAAUUUAUGGUAUUGCCCAGAACUAGGUAGUCAAGGCUUAUUUGGAUUUUUUAUCUUUAAAAUAUUAAGGUAGUCAUCAGAGUUUUUAUUUUAACUAUAUCACCCUAGCAUUUUCAUGAAAAAGAAAAACUCUCUAGGUUAUAUUGUAUGAAAGUCAUGACUCAGUCUCUUUACGUCUUUUGUCCCUUCCACGCCACUGAUUUUCUCAUAUGAGAUGUGGUUAUUUUGCUCUCCACCCCUCUAUAUUGAGUAGAAACCAAAGUUCUUAUCUGUAUAUUUCUGGUUCACUACCUAACUUUUCUUAUCAGCCACCCAAGUAAAGUUUGCAAAUCAGGAAAUGUUAGUAUUUCUAGUAUUAGAUGACAAUGAAAGAUUUUGUUGCAUUUCAUAGUGCAGCAGUGAUAUGGAGGGUGUCUAAGUUUGCCUUUGUGUUUCUUCUAGGCUCUGUUUUUAAUUUUAGACAGAUGAGCCAGCAUUAAGGUGCUACUUCAAAGACUAAAUUCAAAAAAUCAGAUAACACUGUGCCAAGGUAAACUUUCUAGAUGCUAAGCACUGAUUGGCCCUCCAGAGUAUAAUAUCCUGGUAUUAUUCAUUCCUGAUAAAUCUCAUCCAUUAACCUCAGCUUCUCAGGAAUUCUUGUAACUCAUAUGCUAGAAGUAGCUGUAGUGUAUGGUAUCCAUUAUAUGUCUAAUCCUAUGGUUUGGCUUCAAGGUUGGCUAAUUGUGGCUAGAGCUCCCUGUAGACUGCUAACUCAGCACCUUAACACUCAGUUUCUUGUCUUGAGGCAAAGGAAAAUGUUCUGACAUUGCUAAUUCAGCAGUUAAAAAUACUUAACCAACAAACAAAGCCAAUAUAGGGAAGUCUGUCAGUAGCAUCAAAUGGCACAG